AUGCCAAAGCCACAGUCAGUAAAGGACUUGGAAAGGUUUCUGGGUUUGGUGACAUAUGUAGGCAACUUUAUACCUAAAUUGUCAGAUAAAACUAGACCAUUGAGAGAAUUAUUACAAAAAGAUAUAGAAUGGCAUUGGACGGAAAUACAUGAUAGUGCUUUUAGCGAAUUAAAAAGGUGUCUCACUAAAAAGCCAGUCUUACAGUUCUAUAGCAUGAAUGAUCCCAUCACAAUUUCAGUCGAUGCCAGUAAAAGUGGCUUGGGAGCGGUAUCAAACAACAUUGAUAACGAUCUACAGAGCGAUAUCACAGAAGCAAUACGUUCACUAACAGUAAAAAACGAACUUACAGAUUCACACUUCAUCGCGUUGCAAAAAGAAACGGAAUUAGAUAAAGACUUACAAAAAUUAAAACAAUAUGUUGUAAAAGGUUGGCCGUUUGACAAGUAUAGGGUUGAAUUAAAUAUUAAACCAUAUUGGAAUUAUAGGCAUGAGUUGUCAGAGGCGUGUGGUUUGUUAUGGAGAGGUCUUAUUAAACGUAAGUUGAUAAGAAGGCAACAGGUUUAUAAGCAAUAUUAUGAUAGAAAUGCAAAGAAAUUAGCUGCUCUUUCUGUAGGUCAGCCUGUUAAAAUUAAAGACCUAAACAAUAAUAAGUGGAUAUCAGGAACAAUAACAAAACAGUUGAGAGAACGUAGCUACGAAAUAAAGUUAUCGUCUGGUAAUAUUAUAGUUAGGAAUAGACGUCACAUGAUUGCCGAUUCUUUACAGAAACAUCGCAAGACAAAUGUUAAUUCUUAUGACUCAUACGCAGACUACGAUGAUGUCUGUCCUACUGAGACGCACAGAUCGUUGAACUCGGCUCCCGGCGUCGACACUUCUGUACCUUGUAAUAAUGGCAUAAAUGCAGAUGGUGAUAGAUAUUAUGUUAAUCGUUUUGGCAGGACAGUCAGACCUCCGGAUAGAUGGGGAUACUAA